AUGCCUCCCUCUACGGAGGACGACAUCUUCGAGGUGUUGGACAUCACCGACGCGAACAAGGACUGGAUCGAGCGAUACGUCGGCGACAUCACCACCGCUCCCGUGCCGAAGCAACUCGCGGUUAGCGGCGUCGUCGGCGUGGGAACGGGAUACGUGUUCGCCAAGGUGAGCAAGGCGGCUGCGGCGGCGAUCGGGGGCGGGCUGCUGCUGAUGCAGCUGCUGCACUACAAGGGUUACAUCACCGUCAACAAGGGGAAGAUACGCAAGGAGGUGGACCGGGCGAAGCGGCAGAUCGCCGGCACGUUCAACAAGAAUUACGAUGACCGGUACCUCGAGCAGGGUAUCGAUUUCAUCAAGCGCAACGCGGUGCUGACGGGCGGGUUCGGGGCAGGGUUCCUGAUCGGCUUCUCCUUCUAG